GAGAUGAACUGGGGCAGCAUUCGAAGAGUGGGCUUCGCGGGCGCUGCAGCUUCUUUGGGGAAGAGGCAUACAAUGGCUUGGCAGAACACGCUUUGCUACUAUUACCUGUUGACAGUAUGCCUAGUCUGGGCCCAGGCCAAGCCACCCCCUGACAAGAAGGAUCGUAUCCACCAUGGUCAAGACCUCAGUGAUCACCCCCAUGAUGACAGUCAAGACUUCCGCUAUGAUCAUGAAGCCUUCUUAGGCAAAGAAGACGCCAAGACAUUUGACCAACUAACUCCCGAAGAGAGCAAAGAGAGACUGGGGAAGAUUGUGGACCGAAUUGACCGAGAUGGGGAUGGUUUCGUGACUCAGCCUGAAUUGAAGGAUUGGAUCAAGCAUACUCAGAACCGCUAUAUCUAUGAGAGUGUGAACAAGAACUGGAAGGACUAUGACAAGGAUAAUGAUGGCCAAAUCACUUGGAAUGAGUUCAAAAAGACCACUUAUGGGCACUAUGAAGGAGAAGAGUUUGGGGAUCUUGAGGACAAGAAUUCCUAUCGGAAGAUGUUGGCCAGGGAUGAACGACGAUUCAAAGCUGCUGACAAAAAUGGAGAUAUGAGUGUGACGAAAGAGGAAUUCACAGCUUUCCUUCAUCCUGAAGAGUUUGACUACAUGAAGGACAUUAUAGUGAUGGAAACCCUGGAGGACAUAGAUAAGAAUGGUGAUGGCUUCGUAGAAGUUGAUGAAUAUCUCGGUGACAUAUACUCCCCUGAAACUGGGGAGCCGGAACCUAGCUGGGUGACAAGUGAACGUCAACAAUUCCUGGAACACAGAGAUAUCAACAAAGAUGGGAAGAUGGAUCGGGAGGAAAUUGGGCACUGGAUCCUGCCCCCAGACUAUGAUCAUGCUGAAGUGGAAUCCAAGCAUCUCCUUGUUCAGUCGGACAAAGAUCUGGAUGAUAAAAUAACCAAGCAAGAAAUUUUGGACAAUUGGAACAUGUUUGUGGGGAGCCAGGCUACCAACUAUGGUGAAGAUUUGACAAAGAAGCACGAUGAACUGUAAUUGGCCUGGGUGGGGAAUAUACAACAGCGGGUUCUCCCUUACAUGGGAGUGGGAGAAACACACUCCAGAAGGAAUUGCUCUCUAUUUAUUGUUGGAAGGGCCUGCUUAAACUUUCUUCAAAAAGUAGUGUAGCUGGUGUACUUGGGUGGCUUCCCCUAGGAUCCAUUCCUGUUUUUCCGCAGCUUCCAUCUCCCCCAAAGCACUGUGAGCCCUUGUCAUGUUAUGAAGAUCUCCAUGUUCGAGAUGUUUGAGAUGAAAUACACUUCCUUUCAUCAGUGCAUUUAAUCUCUUCUGUAAUGUUCUUAAUGCACUUCAGUUCUUCCCUUACAAUCCACACUUGAUCUAAGGGAAAGCAAAGAUUAGCUCCC